GCUGUAUUCAAAUUACACGUCAAAUAAUUUCAAAACAUUAGUAACCUUCUCUAUACUUUGUGUUUUACGGAUUAACAGGGCCAAUUAUGAUCAAAGCAGUUAUCUUGAUUGGUGGUCCAAUGAAAGGGACACGCUUCAGACCUCUGUCUCUUGAACUACCUAAGCCUCUUUUUCCUGUUGCUGGCUUUCCAAUGGUAUAUCACCAUAUUGAGGCAUGCAGCCAGGUUCCAGAUUUGAAAGAGAUUCUGCUAAUUGGAUUUUAUCAACCCAACGAGGCUCUCACACGAUUUAUAGCCAAUGCCCAAUCAGAGUUCAGUGUACAUAUUAGAUAUUUACAAGAAUUCACAGCUCUCGGAACAGCUGGAGGACUCUAUCACUUCCGUGAUCAAAUUCUGGGUGGAAAUCCUGAAUAUUUCUUUGUGCUGAAUUCUGAUGUCUGCUGCGACUUUCCUUUACAAGAAAUGCUGACGUUUCAUCGUGGACGGGGAAAUGGAGGACACUUCACAAUAAUGGCAACUGAGGCAACCAGGCAGCAGGCUUUGAACUAUGGCUGUAUUGUUGAGAAUAAAGAUACACAUGAGGUUUUACAUUAUGUUGAGAAACCAGAGACAUUUAUUAGCAAGCUUAUCAACGCUGGGAUUUAUCUUUUUUCUCCGGCCAUCUUUAAACACAUCAAAGUCGUCUUCCAAAGAAACCAGGAAACCACAGACCAUGAAAUGAAUAGUGUCAAUCGCUACGACCUCUACCACCCUACCAAGGAAGUCAUCAGACUGGAACAGGACAUUUUCGCCCCACUUGCUGGGACUGGCGAACUCUAUGUCUACUUUACCACAAGGUUCUGGAGUCAAAUCAAGUCAGCAGGUGCUGCCAUCUAUGCAAACAGACAUUACUUAAACAUCUAUCAUCGUACUCACCCAGACAGACUGUCCAAUAAUGGCGAGAAAAAACCAAAGAUUGUAGGCGAUGUGUUUAUUCAUCCCACUGCAGUAGUGCAUCACUCAGCAACAUUAGGUCCCAAUGUAACUGUGGGGAAGAAUGUGACAAUUGGUGCAGGGGUCCGCGUCAGAGAAUCCAUGAUUCUGGAAGGCUCAGUCUUGGAGGACCAUUGCUGUAUCUUGUACAGUAUUAUUGCAUGGAAUGGGGUUGUAGGAAACUGGGCUAGAGUUGAAGGAACUCCCAAUGACCCUAACCCAAACAAGCCAUUUGCUAAACUUGACAUUCCUGAGUUGUUCUCUGAUGAGGGUAAACUCAGUCCUUCUAUUACUGUGAUAGGUUCCAAUGUGCAUAUACCAGGAGAGGUUAUUGUCCUCAAUUCAGUAGUCCUCCCUCACAAGGAGCUAGGAAGAAGCUGUAAGAACCAAAUCAUGCUCUAGAAUUUUCUAGAACAUGCUCUAGAAUUUUCUAUAACAUUCUUUGUGGUGGUCAGUUUUCAAGGCAGCGUAGUGAAAUAAGAAGAAUCAUGAAGAAGAAGGUUGGACUGGAAUUAUUUAAGGACAUUGGACAUUUUUGAAAUAUAAUUGAGGCGUGACAUAACAAAUAGGACUAAAUCAACUUUGAUUUCACAUAAAAUGAUGCUCAGAUUGUAAAAAAGAAACCAAUACAAUUUAUGAGAUGUGGAAAUAAUGGUCUAGUGUAUUCCUCAAAGCAUAUUACAAUCAUAAUGAUUGUAUAAUUAUAUCAACCCUGGGGGUCUUUAGUAGAGCCUGUCUAAU